UCUCCAAUUUGAAAGCCGCCUCUCUACCGGGAGAGGAAGGCUCUUUUUCGGUCAGAUGGCGUGCUGCAGUCCGCCCCCGUCAUUCUCCAGCCCACACAGACAGGGCAGCCAGCAACCAAUACGCUGCGCCGGAGGAGGAUUUCUGCCAGUGAUUUCAGACGAGGUACGAUACGCAAAGGGGAUUUACUACGCCAAUCUGAGCCGGGGAAGCUGUCGGCAAUAGGUAACAGGUUUCAUUCCGGGAGUAAGCUGCCGACCUGUGACAUUGCUGGUUUGGAGAGACACCUUCCCGCUGUGCACAUCCUUCUACCUGACCUGAAGAAGAGCUCUGUGCCAUGUCUCUGCCACGCACACUUGGAGAGUUGCAGCUCUAUCGGGUGCUGCAGAGGGCCAACCUGCUGGCCUAUUACGAAACCUUCAUCCAGCAGGGCGGUGACGACGUGCAGCAGCUCUGCGAGGCAGCAGAGGAGGAGUUUCUGGAGAUCAUGGCACUAGUUGGCAUGGCCACCAAGCCGCUGCAUGUGCGUAGGCUCCAGAAGGCCCUCCGAGACUGGGCGGCAAACCCUGCCCUUUUCAGCCAGCCCGUCUCCAACGUUCCUCUCGGGGGCAUCCCACUGUUCAAAGUGGACGGUACGGGCACCAGUGGGCCCAGGAAGUCUGUGAGCAACGGGCAGCCGGGGUCACCCUGUGAAAGAGAAGACCGGGCGUGUCUUACUCCAAUGCACAGUGGGAGUCCGAGAAGCCCCUGCUCCCAGGCCUCCCCGCAACCACGGGACACACACUACAGGGAAAAACUGUCCCCAAUGGACCCACACUGGCUCACCCCAGAGCCUGAUGGGAACUGCACUUUGGCAUCUGCAUCUGAAAUAGAGGAGGAGCCGCCCAGCCCUCCUCUGCUGUCAACAUGUCCUCCAGGUCCUUCAACAUCUCCAAGCCCAUCCGCCUCUUUUGCCCCGGCGGCCCUGUCAGCCUGGCCUGCAGGACAGCUGGAUGGGGAGACGGCAAGGGCGGUGGUGGAGAGCGUGGAUCGGCUCCUCAGGACCCUUCCCAGGUCAGAUCCAGCAGAGGUGAAGACUCUGCUCAGGAUGAACAAGAAGAUGGCAAAGACUGUGGGACACAUCUUCAAAAUGGGGUCCCAGGACGCAAACAAAGAAGAGGAGAUCCGGAAGUACAGUCUCAUUUACGGACGCUUUGACUCCAAGAGGAGAGAGGGGAAGCAGCUCACACAUCAUGAGUUGAUCAUCAAUGAAGCUGCAGCCCAGUUCUGUAUGCGCGACAAUGCCCUGUUGCUGAGACGGGUGGAACUCUUUUCUUUGGCUCGGCAGGUGGCGAGAAAAUGUGCCUACACCUCCACACUAAAGCAUGCAAGGACAAACGCAGAUGAUAACAGCGUGCUGUCUCACAAGAGAGCGAGGCAUGAGGUAAUCGUGCCUGAGAGUGUGUCAUCACUUCUCGGUGUGGAGGGCUCAGAGGGCUUGACUCAGAGGGCAGAUGAUGACAGCUUAUCUGCAGAAAGCCUUGACAGUGUGUCACAUGACAUCGGCUCACAGUGCAACCAGUCUCCAUCCCCCCGUCCCCACACCGACACGUCCAACCCCACCAACUGGAGUCGCCAUCUCAUACAGCAAACGCUAAUGGACGAAGGGCUGCGAUUGGCUCGGAUGGUGUCACAUGAUCGGGCUGGCAAGCUCAGCCUAGGGUCAGAACGAACUCACUCUGCAGACCAUGACAGUAAAGUGGAGAGGCGGAGCUCGAUAACGGCGUGCAGAAGCAGCAGCCAUUGCAUCACCAAAGACGACUCUAAUCACCGGGGGAAAUGAAAAUGCUCAGUUUUUGUCAGGGAACUCGUCCUCAGACCCGCCACCAAUCUCCACUCUGAGUCUGCUCUGCAGUCUGACACUGACACCUGAUGAGGAAAAUAAAAAACAACACAGUAAUUUACCAGCGACAAACCUGCAGUGACUUCAAAAUACUGAAAUCAUGCAUCAAAAAUGUUCUGUUACAACUUUAUAUUCAGUAAAUAUGUAGGGGAGACACUUUUUUGUAUAUUUUUAAAUACAUGAACUACAGAUUCUAGCUGAUAAUGGGAAAAAAUCAGAUUUUAUCAGAGAAAACCUAAUAUUUUAUUAUAUUGGCUUAUUGUGGGAAGUGCUGUGUGUUGACAGUGCCACCUGUUUGAGGGAAAGUGUGCUCGGCACAGCAGGGGGCACUGCAACUUCGGAAAUUGACUCUGCUUACUCAAGUAACAACUGUAGUUGUGUUAAGGAAAUUUGGUUUCGUAUAGGUGUACAUUUUCUGCAAGUGUCAAUCUUAAACCACAAUGAGCAGGUCAGCCCUCAGGAAAAACAUGGAUGUGCUAGUUUUUAAAGUCAGUGUAUUCUUUAGGAUUCAAAUCAAAGAUAAAUAAUGUCCAAGUAGACUGAUUUGUAAAAAAAAAAAAAAAAAAGAAAAAUUGGAUUUCCCAGAGCACACACAAAAACUCCACAGUCAGGUUCAGAGGACUUUUGUCCUUUGCUGCAUCAUCUAAUCGAAAAGGUGGGUUGAAAUUAAUGAGAUAAAAAGGUCGUCAUCAUCCGCUCCCUCACAUCUUUCUGUAAUGAUAUUUUGCACAAGCGGCUGAUAUGGUGUUUGUAAGAGAUGAUACUUCAGGCUUUUCAUUAUCUUUACUUAUGUGAGAGACCACUGAUGCUUCUUCAUUUCCAGCUGACAGUUUUUCAGUUGCCUCUCUCUAAAAAUAAGUUUUCAGGGCCUUCUAGCAGGGAAGAUGCUUGCUGUCAGCGGCUGCUCCUCCCUCUCAUCUUUAUUUUAAUAUUGUUCCCAAUAGGUGACAUUGUACAGCCUGUGAGGAGACUGCAUUCAAAACUGCACUGCAAGAUUUAGAGAAUUCAGAACUGACAUUUACCACAGUGCAUCCAGAGAAUGUGGUAUUUAGUGUACUUUUGAUGCGAUUUUAUUUAGGUGUAGCGGGAACUGUGUUUUUGAGGUGAUUUCUGUAAUUUUACAUAUUAACUAGAUAAACCUAAUGUCAGUUUCCUUCUUUGUCUUUUGACACUUACAGUAAAUUAGGGUGAGUAAUCUUUUUUUAAAUUUUUUUAAUUUUUAGAGAAAAACAUACAGAGAGAAAUCUCAUGGUGCUUGACUCUUGAUACAGCAGCUCCAACAAAUUCAAUCAGCCUAUUUUGACCCUGUUUAAAAUGGUUUAAAUGUAUUCAGACUUCACAUAGCGACAAGGCUCGUGUUGAUAAUGACUUAAACGCAUUAGGAUUUUUGUAUACUUAUUCACAGAGUAUGUCAGUGAGGUAGCUUGCUGUGCAUCAGUUACACCUGCCUGUCUCUUGAGCAUUGGUAACCUCCUCGGUUUAUUAUGUUGCAAAACAGAUUAUUUAUUUUGUUACAUCUCAAUAAAUGUUAUUUUAUUGCUUAAA